CCGCGAUUUGCUUCUCCCAUCCUUCCCCGGCAAUCAUUUCCUCUCCGUUUGCCGGGAAAUGGCCAAAAUUAAACCUCUUAUCAGAAUAUCCAUACUAACGUUGUUGUUGUUUUCCUUCCAAUGUCACAAAAUUUUAGCCGACAAAGAAUCACUGGACGCGAAAUGUACUGAUCGCCGACAAAUCAAGAGUAGCAUUGGAGCGUUGGAUAAGAAAGAUACGGCGUCGUUCCCCUUAUCGCUACAAGCCCGGAGCCUCAGAGGCUCCUUUUCGUCUCAUGGGGGGAGCCGGAGCAGGCGACGGCGCCGGCGGAGGAAGAGGAGGAGGGACCGUACAAAAUCAUCAAGUUCCGGCGGUUCUAGAUUAGGCCAUGAAUGCGUAGCCUCGACAGCGUUUAUGGUUUUGAUUUUCUUUUUGGCAUUAUAGAUUUUUAGGUAUUGGAUUUCUUCAUAUUUUGAAGGAAAAUGACGGAUUAAACGGGGAUUUUACCCCAUCCACAAAGGUGAAACUUGAAAGAGAAAUUACUUGACGUGUUGUAAAUGUAGGGAUCUCUGAGAAUUCUUGGAUUAUAAAUUAUUUGGAUUUUAAAGGAAUUUAGAAUUCCAUCAAAAUCUAGCUAUCCUCAACUGGGAUUAUAAAAGAUUUCUUAGAAUUCUACUUGUCAUCAAACAUUUCAUGGAUUUUUAUUGACUUGGAUUUGGCCUGAUUUGGAUGAAAUUGUAUACUGAAAACAAGAGCAAAUCAUUCCAUCACAAUUCUCUCCUCCACCCUCGGAUUUCAAAAUCAAGACAAACCCUUUGCUUUCUGACGCCUUCUUCAUCUGCUUCUAACAAGUGGGAGACCGGGAGCCUUCUUGGAUGGCCAUAAUAUUUUCAGGUGAAGCGCAUGAAGCGCAUAAGGAAAACUAGCACCGCCUUAGUAGACGAAACAAAGCCGCAAUUGAUGAAAGGCCAAAACCUGCCAUUUUUCUCUACCACGUCCAGCUCCUUCUUCCCUUUCUGGUUCUUCUUUCUUCUUUCUUUAGUUUUUUAUGGGUUAUACACUAUUACUCAUUCCGUGCUUGAAUUCAGGAAUUAAGUUAAGGGUAAGAAACAAAGAUAAGAUCCAAUAGGCUGGUAUUUGAACAGAGAGAAUAUUGCUUGGGUUUCACAUUCUAGUGGGUUCUGUCUACGUAGAUCUCAAAAUCGUAGAAAUCAAUUAGAAUCCACAUCUUUCAAAAUCUUUCAAAAUUCAUAGAAUAUACUAUCCUCCGUUCCAUAAAAGUUGCAACAGUUUGACUUUCACGUUUGCCAAUGCGUAACUUUGACUGUAAUUAUAUUUAUUUACGUAUUAGUAAACAUUAAAAAAAGUUAAUAUAUUGGAAAUUUACAUUAAUACAAAUUUAUUAAUAUUUUAUACAUAAUAUUUUUAUUAUAUAUAUUAUUAGAAAAUCGUAAUCAAAGUAAGGUGUGUGAAUAGUGCAGAAAUUCCAAUGUUGCAACUUUUAUGGAACGAAGGAAAUACAAUAUUUCAAAAUCCUUUAAAAUCUAAAUCGGGGACACCCCGUAAAAUCGGUUAUUUGCUUUUUACUUCAUAAAUUUACACCAAGAACAUACGAGUAUUUUGUUAGAAUUGAUGUUACAUUUCUUUUUAUAUUCCAAGAAACAAAAAUAUGUUUUGUUUGAAAGAUAUUCAGAAAUAUUUCAACUUCUUAAACCCAAAUAAUGUUUUUAUAAAUUUGGAUUUAUAAAAAUUCUAAGAACAAAUAUUGGUGUUGUUUGGACAAAACUUCAUCUUGCUCCAACCUUGACUUCCCCAUCCAGUCAGUUGUGUAUGUGUAUAUGAUGGCUUCAUAGUAUGGACAAUUCUUUAACUUUAAGGAAGUGCAACUCACAAUGUAGACAAUGGGUGCAAGACAUCUACUUUUAGUUAAAAUUGCAAAUCAUCAAUUUGAAGAUGAAAUAUAUGUUCUUCAAAUUUGCUACAUGAUUAAACCGCAAUAAAGAGUUUUAAUGGGACAGUAGCAAGUAUGGGUUCAACCGGGCCGGUCCAGGUUGGGCCCGGGCUCGGCCGGUCCCGGUUCUAAAUAAUUAAAGCCUGGUACCGAUCCGGUUUGGUCCGGUGCCAGUCCGGGUCCAAAACAGUACCGGUUCCGUGUCGGGCCCGGGACUGUACGUCUGUACCCGCCUAUUAAUUUUCUUUUUAAAUCUAGCCGUUUGGCCAGAACUGGGCCCAAAAUUCAAGCCUGAAGCCCGCCCCUAUUCAACCACGGUCCGGGUGCCGAUACCGAAAAACCGGUCCCGGACCGGUACCAAGCAGUACCAAUCCUAGGUCGGGCCGCCCGGACCCAAUCUCACCCCUAGUAACAAGUAGCGUGGACAAAGUCCGAUCCGAUUCUUAUCUAGUUUUAGACCGCCCAGUUUCGGUUCUUUACAACCAAGAAUCUAAGUCGGGAUUUUUGCGAGCAAUCCUGGUUCGAUUCUUAUAAGUGGUGGUUCUAAUUCUAAUCAGACCUGAUUCCAAACUCCUCUAAGGCGGUUCUAGUCUUCCAUUUGAUAAAAUUGGAGCUUAGAGCUUUAUAUGUGAGGAUCUGGAUCCAUUCUUGGUUGUAGUGUUUCAAUUUCAGUUCCGGUCUGACUCUAGACCGAUUAAAAAUCAGAAUCCUUUCCAUCUCUAAUAGGGUUAGAGACCUAAAGAGAAGCAAUGGAAAGGGAAAAAAUGGCAGUGAUAUGUCAUAUGUGUAAGAAGAGUAAAAAAAGAAAAUAUUUCAGCCACAUACACGACUUUCCUUCAUUUUCACAGCAAAUAUUACAAAGUUUGAUACGGACAACCAACCAACCUCACAAUAUGGGAAAAAUUAGGAAACAAAAUUGUAGAUGAAAAAGGUUAAGCUUGAAGCAAUGGCAAUGUGAGACUCUGCCUGCACCAUUCACCAACAACUAUACAUGAAAGUGACACGGAAAAUGAUCAUUCAAAGUCUAAACUCAGCUUAUUACAAUAUAUUUAAACUGAAACCUCAACUCUGCCAUUUAUUCCGUCCAUCUUCAACUCCGUCUGCCACCAUACAUGGAAGCCAGUGCAGGUCUUGUUGCCGGUUCUCAUAACCGAAAUGAGCUUGUUGUCAUUCAAGGCCAUGAAGAGCACAAAACAUUGAAGGAUUUGAGUGGACAAGUAUGUGAGAUAUGUGGGGAUGAAGUAGGCCUUACGGUGGAUGGAGAUCUCUUUGUGGCUUGCAAUGACUGUGGGUUUCCGGCUUGCAGGCCGUGCUAUGAGUAUGAGAGAAGAGAAGGCACCCAACAUUGCCCUCAAUGCAAAACUAGAUACAAGCGACUCAAAGGGAGCCCUAGGGUGGAGGGAGAUGAUGACGAGGAAGAUGACGAUGAUAUUGAGCAUGAGUUUAAGAUUGAUGAUGAGAAAAAUGAUAACAGAAGAAUAGUAGAAACCAUACUUCAUGGUAAGAUGAGCUAUGGAAGAGGAGCAGAAGUAGUUGAAGAUGCUUCUUCCAAGUACCCACAUGUCAUUGCUGGCGUUCGUUCCCGUCCGGUGAGUGGCGAAUUCCCGAUCUUGAAUCCUUCUAAUGGAGAUCAGAUGGGUUCAUCUCUUCACAAAAGAAUCCAUCCCUACCCAGUAACGGAGUCUGCAGAAAAUGUAAGAUGGGAAGAAAGAAUGGAUGAUUGGAAAUUGCAGAUGCAAGGAAACAUGGGGCAUGAACAUGACGACUUUGCUGAUCCUGAAAUGGCCAUAGUCGAUGAGGCAAGACAACCAUUAUCAAGGAAGGUACCAAUUGCAUCAAGCAAGAUAAACCCUUACCGUAUGGUAAUUGUGGCAAGGCUGGUUAUUGUAGCUCUCUUCCUCCGUUAUCGAAUCCUCAACCCUGUUCAUGAUGCCAUUGGCCUCUGGCUAACAUCCAUCAUCUGUGAGAUCUGGUUUGCCUUCUCAUGGAUUCUAGAUCAGUUCCCCAAAUGGUUUCCCAUUGACCGCGAAACUUACCUUGAACGCCUCUCUCUCAGGUACGAGAGGGAAGGAGAGCCAAACAUGUUAUCCCCGGUGGAUAUCUUUGUGAGUACGGUGGAUCCAUUGAAGGAACCUCCACUUGUUACAGCUAAUACAGUCCUCUCUAUAUUAGCAAUGGACUACCCAGUUGAAAAAGUCUCAUGUUAUAUAUCUGAUGAUGGAGCUUCUAAUUGCACAUUCGAAGCACUCUCAGAGACUGCUGAAUUUUCCCGGAAAUGGGUUCCUUUUUGCAAAAAGUUUGAUAUAGAGCCUCGGGCCCCAGAGAUGUAUUUUUCUCAGAAAAUCGAUUUUCUAAAGGAUAAAGUUCAACCAACAUUCGUAAAAGAUAGACGUGCAAUGAAGAGAGAGUAUGAGGAGUUCAAGGUUAGAAUCAAUUCAAUGGUGGCAAAAGCAGCAAAAGUUCCUCAAGGAGGAUGGAUCAUGCAAGAUGGAACACCAUGGCCAGGGAACAAUACCAAGGACCAUCCUGGAAUGAUCCAAGUGUUUCUUGGCCAGAAUGGAGGAACUGAUGUAGAUGGAAACGAACUGCCACGCUUAGUGUAUGUAUCUCGUGAGAAGAGGCCUGGCUUCAACCAUCACAAGAAAGCCGGUGCCAUGAAUUCCCUGGUUCGUGUCUCGGGAGUUCUUACCAAUGCACCACUCAUGCUUAACUUGGACUGCGACCAUUAUAUAAACAACAGCAAAGCUGUGAGAGAGGCAAUGUGUUUCUUGAUGGACCCCACGAUUGGACGGAAAAUCUGCUAUGUCCAGUUUCCUCAAAGAUUUGAUGGUAUAGACAGGCAUGACAGAUAUGCAAACAGAAACACUGUCUUCUUUGAUAUUAACAUGAAAGGUUUAGAUGGAAUACAAGGUCCUGUAUAUGUGGGGACAGGGUGUGUAUUUAGACGACAAGCUUUGUAUGGAUAUGAUCCACCAAAAUGCGCUAAGCGUCCAAAAAUGGUAACUUGUGACUGUUGCCCAUGUUUUGGACGCCGGAGGAAGCUUGAGAAGUAUACUAAGCGUGGAGAUGCUGCGAACGUCGAAGGAUUUGAUGAUGAUAAAGAGGUAAUUAUGUCAGAGAUGAACUUUGAAAAGAAAUUUGGGCAAUCAGCCAUCUUUGUGACUUCAACUUUAAUGGUUGAUGGUGGUGUACCACCUUCAUCAAGCCCAGCAGCUUUACUCAAGGAAGCCAUUCAUGUAAUCAGCUGUGGCUAUGAAGACAAAACAGAAUGGGGAACUGAGUUAGGGUGGAUUUAUGGCUCAAUCACAGAGGAUAUCUUGACUGGUUUCAAGAUGCACUGUCGGGGUUGGAGGUCGGUCUACUGCAUGCCAAAGCUAGCUGCCUUCAAAGGUUCGGCUCCCAUCAAUCUGUCAGACCGUCUGAACCAGGUGCUGCGUUGGGCUCUUGGCUCGGUUGAGAUCUUUUUCAGCCGACACUGCCCGGUUUGGUAUGGUCACAAGGGAGGAAAGCUAAAGUUUCUCGAGAGAUUUUCAUAUAUUAACACCACUGUAUAUCCUUUCACUUCCAUUCCUCUCCUUGCCUACUGUACCCUCCCAGCCAUCUGCUUACUCACAGGAAAGUUCAUAAUGCCAGAGAUAAGCACCCUUGCAAGUUUAUUCUUCAUAGCUCUCUUCCUCUCGAUCUUCGCAACGGGCAUUCUUGAGCUGAGAUGGAGUGGGGUUAGCAUAGAGGAAUGGUGGAGAAAUGAGCAAUUCUGGGUCAUUGGAGGGAUAUCAGCCCACCUCUUUGCAGUUAUCCAAGGACUCUUGAAAGUUUUGGCAGGAAUAGACACCAAUUUCACUGUCACUUCAAAGGCAACUGAUGAUGAGGACUUCGGAGAGCUAUACGCCUUUAAAUGGACAACGCUCCUAAUCCCG